CGUAAUUUCUUGGGCGACGAAAGGCCAUUUUCUUUGGAUAUUGAAGGUUACAGAUCACAGAUUCGGCCUGAGGAUAUUCUCCAAUGAUUGAUUCCAUUAAGCACCGAUUUGGGCAUAUUUAUUCCGGGUCAAAUUUUGGCAGAUUCCAAAGGGGUACCAUCACAGAUUUCGGGCGAUUUAUCCGAAAUGCCAUUUUCUUUCGAUUCUGGAGGCUAUAGAUCACGGAAUCAGGCCUGAGGCUAUUCUCCAACGAUGAUUGAGUCCAUUAAGCCCGAUUUGGGAGGAUUUAUUCCGGAUCAAUAUUUGGCAGAUUCCAAAGGGGUACCAUCACAGAUUUCGGGCGAUUCAUCCGAAAUGCCAUUUUCUUUUGAUUCUGGAGGCUACAGAUCACGGAAUCAGGCCGAGGCUAUUCUCCCCCGCUAAUGAAGUCUAUUGAUCAUAAUCUCCACGGAUGAUAAGCCCGUUAAGCAUCGAUUUGGGCCAAUUUAUUUUCAGAUGGCAUUUUCGUAAUUUCAUGUGCGACGAAAGGCCCUUUGGAUAUUGAAGGCUACAAAUCACGGAUUCGGCCUGAGGCUAUUCUCCAACGAUGAUUGAGGCCAUUAAGCACAGAUUUGUGCGGAUUUGUUCCGGGUCAAUUUUUGGCAGAUUCCAAAGGGGUAACAUCAUAGAUUUCGGGCGAUUUAUGCGGAAUGCCAUUUUCUUUCGAUUCUGGAGGUUACAGAUCACGGAAUCAGGCCAAGGCUAUUCUCCACCGAUAAUGAAGUCUAUUGAUCCUAUUCUCCACGGAUGAUAAUCCCGUUAAGCAUCGAUUUGGGCCAAUUUAUUUUCGGAUGGCAUUUUCGUAAUUUCUUGGGCGACGAAAGGCCAUUUUCUUUGGAUAUUGAAGACUACAGAUCACUGAUUGGCCUGAGGCUAUUCUUUAAUGAUGAUUGAAUCCAUUAAGCACCGAUUUGGGCGUAUUUAUUCCGGGUCAAAUUUUGGCAGAUUCCAAAGGGGUACCAUCACAGAUUUCGGGCGAUUUUUCCGAAAUACCAUUUUCUUUCGAUUCUGGAGGCUACAGAUCAAUGAAUCAGGCCGAGGCUAUUCUCCACCGAUAAUGAAGUAUAUUGAUCCUAUUCUCCACGGAUGAUAAGCCCGUUAAGCAUCGAUUUGGGCCAAUUUAUUUUCGGAUGGCAUUUUCGUAAUUUCUUGGGCGACGAAAGGGUAUUUUCUUUUGAUAUUGAAGGCUACAGAUCACAUAUUCGGCCUGAGGCUAUUCUCCAACGAUGAUUGAUUCCAUUAAGUACCGAUUUGGGCGGAUUUAUUCCGGGACAAUUUUUGGCAGAUUCCAAAGGGGUACCAUCACGGAUUUCGGGCGAUUUAUCCGAAAUUCCAUUUUCUUUCGAUUCUGGAGGCUACACAUCACGGAAUCAGGCUGAGGCUAUUCUCCACCUAUAAUUAAGUCUAUUGAUCCUAUUCUCCACGGAUGAUAAGCCUGUUAAGCAUCGAUUUGGGCCAAAAAAAUUCCGGAUGGCAUUUUCGUAAUUUCUUGGGCGACGAAAGGCCAUUUUCUUUGGAUAUUGAAGGCUACAGAUCACAUAUUCGGCCUGAGGAUAUUCUCCAAUGAUUGAUUCCAUUAAGCACCGAUUUGUGCGUAUUUAUUCCGGGUCAAAUUUUGGCAUAUUCCAAAGGGGUACCAUCACAGAUUUCGGCCGAUUUAUCCGAAAUACCAUUUUCUUUCGAUUCUGGAGGCUAAAGAUCAAUGAAUCAGACCGAGGCUAUUCUCCACCGAUAAUGAAGUCUAUUGAUCCUAUUCUCCACGAAUGAUAAGUGAUGCUCUAAAACACAACACCUAACAAUGUCCAAGUGUAACCAAUGAAAGGGACUGCAGUAUAGUGGCACAAGUAAUAAAUAUCGAAUCCACGGGUCUCUAGAGUUACUAUUACUCAGCUUCAGUUCAUUAUCUAGCAAACUAGAUUAAGGAUUGAUUAACUAAACUACUCUACUAACUAAACUAAGUAAAACUACUAAUUACAGUUUGGGAACUCACUUAGGUAUGAUUCCCCCUAGCUCCUCAAUUAGGUCCAAGUUGUAAUUCAUUUUGGUUGAUUUACUGUUGAUUAAACUGCGGAAGAUCCGACAGUAACUUGGAAUCUCUUAAGCUGACCAAGCCCUCUCAGUCUAACUAUCCGGCAGACGACUAGUCUUCACCGGGAUAGAAAGCUGAAGCAAUAAGCACAGAACUCCACUACUGGAAUUGGAUUCCAGUACAAAGCAGUAAACUGGCUAACUCUCGUAUAUCCAAUCUCCUACUACCGAAUGAUGAGACUCUAGCAACCUAAUCAGAUUCUAUCCAUCUUAGAUUGCAGCAGGAAUCAGGAAAAGUUGAUCAGACUUCAAUUGACUCAAUAAACAUGCAUCAUUCGAUUAUAAUCAAACAAUAUAGCAUCCAAAACUUCAUACAAGAAAGAUCCUAACUCAUGGAACUAAAGUUCCUCAAAACCUAAGUGAAGGGAAGUUACUCCAUAGAGAAGAGAGAGACUGCAGAAAUCUGAUCUAGAUCUUCAAUCUCCAUCUCCAAGCUUGAUUCUCGAGCUCCAAUGGCGAAGAAAUCCUCCAAAAUAGCUCCAAGAAUGUUCCCAAGUCGCUCUCUCUCUCUAGGGUUCGUCCCUUGGGUGUUUGGGAUCCAAAACCCAGCUCUCUCUACUCUUUGGUUCGGAAUUUGGCUUAAAACCAGGAAAUCCCGACUCGCACGGCCAGGGUGCACGGCCGUGCAUAUCACCAUUCUGGCCGUGCAACUCAAAACGCAGCGUGUCAUUUAGUCGAACUUCAGCCCUCUCGCACGGCCAGGGUGCACGGCCGUGCGAGCUUCAGGGGUUGCCCGUGCGUGUCCUCGGCAUAAGGCGCAUGGCCAUAUUGCUCACGUGCACGGCCGUGCAGCCUCCCUGGUCUGCCCGUGCAGCUCCCCAAAAACCUCGCCAUUCGUCCGUUCUUCGUCCAAUCGACCCCAGACUCGCUCCUAAGCCUUCAUUCACGUACUAGAACCUGAAACAUCACAAACAAGCACAACCUAGCGUGAAAUCGGCCUAAAACACGAGAAUCAACACCUCAAACGGUGUAAGAAUGGGGGUAAAAACAUGUGUAAAUGACGGUAUAUCAAUAAGCCCGUUAAGCAUCGAGUUGGUGCAAUUUAUUUUUGGAUGGCAUUUUCGUAAUUUCUUGGGCGACGAAAGGGUAUUUUCUUUUUAUAUUGAAGGCUACAGAUCAUAGAUUCGGCCUGAGGCUAUUCUCCAACGAUGAUUGAGUCCAUUAAACACCGAUUUGGGCGGAUUUAUUCCCGGUCAAUUUUUGGCAGAUUCCAAAGGGGUACCAUCACAGAUUUCGGGCGAUUUUUCCGAAAUACCAUUUUCUUUCGAUUCUGGAGGCUACAGAUCAAUGAAUCAGGCCGAGGCUAUUCUCCACUGAUAAUGAAGUCUAUUGAUCCUU